AUGAAAGGAUCUCCUUCUGCAGAUCUUCAUCAUCAUGAAUCAGAUAUAGAACUCAUUGCUCCUGAAAACAUGACAAAGUUAAGCAACUAUGUUGACCAUAACAAAAAAGAAAAACAAGAAGAAGAAGCAGAAGAUUAUGUUGAGGUGACCAUGGAUAUUCAAGGUGAUUCUGUUGCCUUACACAGUAUGAAAACUAUAACAGACAUGGGCGAAAGGGAUCGCGAGAAACUGAGUUUGACUGGGAAGAGGUUGGAGUCCAAGAAAUCUUUUGGUGCUUCAGUGGUUCAGAAUGCUACUAUUCGUAUAAAGCAGCUGAAGCGUUUGGCAUCAUUUGCUAAACCAGAACCAGCAAAACGACUGGAAAGAACCAAGUCUGCAGUGGCUCAUGCUCUCACUGGACUCAAGUUUAUCAGCACAACCGAUGUUAGUGCAGGAUGGAGUAAAGUUGAGAAAGAGUUUGAGAAGCUUACUGCUACCACUGACGGAUAUCUUCCUCGCUCUCUCUUUGCUAAAUGCAUAGGACUGAAUGCGGAGUCUGAGGCGUAUGCAGAGAAGCUUUUUGACACUCUUGCUAGGCAGAGAGGUAUUCAAGGGGGUUCGAUUAACAAGAUCCAGCUUAGGGAGUUCUGGGACUGUAUUUCUGACCAGAGCUUUGAUACUAGGCUCAAAAUAUUCUUUGACAUGGUUGACAAAGAUGCAGAUGGAAGAAUCACUGAGGAGGAGAUAAAAGAUAUUAUAUGUCUGAGCGCCACUGCCAACAAACUGUCAAACAUCCAGAAACAAGCGGAGGAAUAUGCGGCUUUGAUCAUGGAAGAACUAGACCCGGAUGACACGGGGUAUAUUUUGAUAGGGAAUCUGGAGACUCUUUUACUGCAUGGACCAGAAGAAAAUACAAGGGGAGAAAGUAAGUACCUGAGCCAAAUGCUGAGCCAAAAGCUUACGCCUAUAUUUGAGGAAAAUCCUAUUAAGAGGUGGUAUAGAGAUACCAAGUACUUCUUCCAGGAUAACUGGCGAAGAUCUUGGGUGUUUGCUCUGUGGAUUGGUGUGAUGUUAGGUCUAUUUGCCUAUAAGUUUGUGCAAUAUAGGAGAAGAGCUGCAUAUGAAGUGAUGGGGCAUUGUGUGUGCAUGGCAAAAGGUGCUGCUGAAACACUUAAGUUGAACAUGGCUAUUAUCUUAUUGCCUGUUUGCCGAAACACCAUUACUUGGCUCAGGAAUAAGACCAAGCUAGGCGCUUUUGUUCCUUUUGACGAUGGCCCUCAACUUUCACAAGAUGAUAGCUGUGGCAAUAGCACUUGGUGUAGGGAUUCAUGCUAUUUACCAUCUUGUUUGUGA